AUGAGGUUGUCUGGUCAGGUCUAUCCUCUUCAUCAGCUGUACCAGCACUUUGCCGUGAACUUUCGGUACCUGUUUUCAAUCGCUUGCGAGCGUCUCGUCCAGCUUUCGAUUUCUGAUCUUCAACACGUCGUUUGCUCUUUCUUUCUCUCCUGUCACUCCCUAGGGCAAGCUUGGAGGGAGUUUCCGACGGUCCCUCCACAUUCAUUCUGUCCGGCGUACUUUCCGUCAUUCCUUUUCUGCACUAGUCCUGGCUUGCGAGCCCAUUCGCACACGUACGGGGAAAAUAUUUUCAGAUUAAUGGCGAGCGGUGAAAAACGAUACACCACACGCCGUUCCCCUCAGGUGAAGAUACUGUGGAUAGAAGCGCAAUGCAAAGAAAGGCGUAAGCAGAGUUGUGCCACCCGUACAGGCUCUCAAGUCCAACUUCGCUGCGUGCAGUCCAGUACACUGUAG